AUGUUUUGUCUCUAUUUGCUCCUCUGCAACGGGAUAGCUUAUACCCUCGGCAUCCAGCCAAAGACUGACGCAAAACGGAUGGUCGAGCCAUUAUCCCGUGGAAAGACUUCUAUUGAUGAACUAACACAAUUCUCGAAUCCGGAUUCUUUUGACUAUGAUUUUUCGAACGACUUGAAAAAAGAGGCUGAUCGAGAAGAUGAGGUAACCCUCACAACAACGAAUUUGUUUGAUGCUAAUGAGAUCGAGGAGACCACAACAAUUCGUUCACGAGCCACGCGACUGCGAAAGAAAUUUACUAGGAUUAGUACAACGGAAAUCCCGGCUACAACCACGACAAUUCUGCCUACAACUAUUACAACGACCAUCCCACGAUCUACUACACCGACAAUGCGACCUACCUUUAGGAAAUUCACGAGAUUUACUGACACCACAACAGCUUUCACACCAACCACUCGAAGCCUUUUACGUUUCACUCAGCAGUCCCUUUUCGCGACGAUCAGACCAUCAAAGUCCAGGGUCGCACCAAAACCAUUACUGCUCGACCAUCCCGAAUUUCGACAUGCUGGACCAACGUACAACUGUCCGGUGCUGAAUCCCUUAGAACAGGGUGAACCAUCAUCGAGAAAUGACGAUUCGUGUGAUUUGCUGUUGCCCGGAUUUAGUAAAGAUGGGUCAUGCAGAUGUACAUACAACGUGAGAGAUCGUGAUGACAAGGGCUGCCCUACCGGCUUCUAUUUCACAUGCAAAAGAUGGAACAGAACG